GGCUCGCGCGCCCUGGAGAGGCGGGACGGGACCUGCGAAAGAUGCCUGCUCCCGGAGGCCAUUACUGACAGGAUGUUUGCCAUCCACGCCCCCAAUGCAUCCCAGGCACCAGCUGCCAUCUCGUUGGCCAACACUUCAAUGCACCCAGAGUUGGUGAAGACCACCGCAAGCGCUUCAUCGCCUGCUGCCCCCAUUUUCUCUAUGACCCUGGGCGCUGUCUCCAAUCUGGUGGCACUGGCCAUCCUAGUACAAUCCUACGCCCGCUUCCGGCGCCGCUCCAAGGCCACCUUCCUGCUUUUUGCCAGCAGUCUGGUUAUAACUGACCUGGCAGGCCAUGUCAUCCCUGGCUCCUUUGUCUUGAGACUCUACGCCACGCGGCGUGGCUGGGCAGCCAUGGACCCUUCUGGAUCCCUCUGCCAGUUCUUUGGAGCCUGUAUGGUGUUCUUCGGACUAUGCCCGCUCUUUCUGGGCUGCAUCAUGGCAGUGGAGCGUUGUGUGGGCAUCACCCGUCCCCUGUUGCAUGCUGCCUUAGUCACACCGGGCCGGACAAAGCUGUCCUUGGUAGGAUUGUGGGUAGCCGCUCUGGCCAUCGCUCUGAUGCCUCUCUGUACCUUUGGGAGCUAUGUUGUUCAAGCUCCCGGCACUUGGUGCUUCAUCAAGGUGCGAGGAGCAGAAGCGUGGCCAGACGGGGCCUUUGCUCUCCUCUUCUCCUUGCUGGGCUUGGCCUCCUUGCUGGCCUCCCUCUUCUGCAACACGUUCAGUGGACUCAUCCUGGUGCGGGCCCGACUCCGUGGUCAGCGCAAAUGUGGGCACCGGCGGGCCAAGGCUCAUGACAUUGAGAUGGUUGUGCAGCUGGUGGGCAUCAUGGUGGUUUCCUGCAUCUGCUGGAGCCCCUUACUGGUCUUCGUCAUCCUAUCGGUGAGCAACUCCAGUGGUGCCGAUUACGAGCAGUUGCUAUUCCUCGGUGUGCGCCUGGCCUCCUGGAACCAGAUCUUGGACCCCUGGGUAUACAUCCUGCUUCGGCGUGCUGUGUUGCGCAAGAUUCUCGCUCUGUUUCUACGACGCACUGAUCUCAAGAUGGGCUUUGACCGCUGGGAGGCCAGCUCCUUCCGAAGCUCUGAGCGCAGCGUUGCUGUGGGCCGCCUCUAG